GUACUAAAACAUGGUUCAGUGGGGUUAUUCAAUUUUAUCUAAGCAAAAUGAAGUGUUGCGAUCAUUUUUGAUCUGCAGCAGUUUUUUAGUAUUGAAAAUGAUGUUUAUGUCCAUAUUCACGGGAACCAAGAGAUGGAUAUAUAAGGCAUUCGUUAAUCCUGAAGAUGCCAUACGAUUUCGCGCGGAACCAAAGUACGAGGAAAACGUCGAACGCGUGCGAAGAGCUCAUUUAAACGACAUCGAAAACAUUUCAUUAUUCUUCAUAAUUGGGCUUUUGUAUACUCUAACCAAUCCUGCCACUGUUCUUGCUGAAUCAUUAUUUUUGAUUUAUACUAUAGCCCGAAUAGUGCAUACGGUCGUAUAUGCAGUGUGGCCACUUCCGCAACCGGCCAGAGGUUUGAGUUGGAGCGUUGGAUACCUCAUCACCGGCUUCAUGGCUGCAUUCUCUAAUCCUGAAGAUGCCAAACAAUUUCAGGCGAAACCAAAGAUUGAUGACAACGUCGAACGAGUACGAAGAGCUCAUUUAAACGACGUUGAAAAUAUUCCAUUAUUCUUCGUAGCUGGACUUUUAUAUACUCUAACCAACCCAGCUGCUAUACUCGCCAAGUCAUUAUUUUUGGCUUACACUGUAGCCAGAGUGAUGCAUACUUUCGUAUAUGCUGUGUGCCCGCUUCCGCAACCUGCUAGAGGUUUGAGUUGGUUCGUUGGUUACCUCAUCACCGGUUUCAUGGCCGUGAGGAGUUUCAUUUACUUUAUGUAAUUUUUAUGCAAGGUUAUGUGUGUUAUGUGUUAAUAUUUCUUACAUUUUUAACAUUCAAUAAAAAAUUGAUUUUUUAA